UUGAUGGAAAACUACACCUACAACAGCUUCACACUCCUCCUGGAGGGGUUAAAUGUCUCAGAGGGGUCCAUAUAUCCUGUCUUUCUCUUUUUAUUUUUCUCCUACCUCUUUAUAAUGGCUGCAAAUGUGAGCAUUGCUGUUCUAAUUUUCAAAGACAAAAGCCUUCACCAGCCCAUGUAUCUCCUUUUUUGCAACCUGACAUUGAGUGACAUGUUUGGAAACUGUAUCAUGGUGCCCCGUUUGCUUGUAGACUUGUUGAGGCCUCCCUCUGAGCGCCUCAUCAGUUAUUAUGAGUGUGUGGUCCAAGCUUUCACCACACACAUGUUUGGUACCACUUCCCACACUGUGCUCAUGAUUAUGGCCUUUGACAGAUAUGUGGCCAUCUGCAAUCCCCUGCGCUAUGCUUCCAUAAUGACCAACAAGAUGUUGAUCAAGCUGACAGUUUCUGCCUGGGGAGUGGCCUUUGUUCUGGUCGGGAUUCUUCUCGGUCUGACCAUACGUCUGAACCGAUGCAGGACUCUGAUCAUGAAUCCCUACUGUGACAAUGCCUCACUGUUUAAACUCUCCUGUGAAGAUGUGUCUAUUAAUAACAUCUAUGGCCUCACUUUCACUGUGGUCCUGUUCACAGCUUCAAUAGGCAGCAUUGUUCUCACCUAUGCAAAGAUUACAGUAGUCUGUCUGACCGGUAAGAACAAGUCUUUGAACAGUAAAGCCUUGAAGACCUGCAGCACUCACCUGGUUGUGUAUCUGAUUGUUGUGUUUAAUGGAAUGUCUAUCAUUUUGCUCCAUCGCUUCCCUCAGUACUCAGACUACAGGAAACUCUGUAUCAUUUUGUUCCAUAUCAUUCCUGGAAGCCUCAACCCCAUUAUUUAUGGGGUUCAGUCAAAAGAGAUAAAGAAGUUCAUGUCAAAUUUUUGUAAGUCCAAAAAGAUUCUGGCAUCAUUGUAA